AUGAGACUUUGCCUUGUGACGGGAGCUACACUGCUCGGCAAAGUCCUGGCUGAAGUCGUUUUCCUGGAGCUUAACAUUACCAGCGUAAUUACAGAUCAUGCAAAGAAUAGAAUAGCCAUCAAUGGAGGUGAUAAGCAAUUAGGGCCGACGAUAAGAGUUCGCUCCGGUGAUGUUGUGAAUAUGCUGGUCAAUAACGACAUCUGUCAGGAGGCCGAGCCUUCAGAAUUUGUCCAUGACUAUUGCGAAACUUCCAUUCAUAUCCACGGCCUGGUCCUUGAUAAUGAUGACCGUCUAGGAAAUUUGAAUGAUGGCGUGCCUAAUGUCACACAGUAUGGCAUUCCCUCUGGAAUGUCCUAUUGGUACAAUUUCACAGUUCCUUCAGACGUUUGUGGAACGUUCUGGUACCAUUCUCAUUCGUCUGUGCAAUACGGCGACGGGUUAAAGGGUCUCUUUCUCAUCGACUGCGAUAAAAGAGAAGCUCAAAUCGAUCGAAUAAUAGCGAAACUCGAGAAUUCUGACAGUAGUUCUGGCGAAAUUCUUGAGAACUUGCCAGAAAUGGGUUCUGGUGCUCUUUUCGAAGAAAAAGACCUUGCACUAAGUGAUUGGUAUAGCAAAUCGAGUGUUGAUAUUUUGAGAGAGCUUAUGAGCGAGGCGGGUGGCUCGGAUCCGCAUGUGGAUGGAUCCACCUUGAAUGGGGACACCGGUUCAGUGAAAUUUUACGUCGAAGAAAACACAGCGUUUUUAGUGCUGAGAGUAGUCAAUGUGGGCGUUAGUGGGACGAACGUUUUGCACAUAGAUGAUCAUGAUUUCUGGGCGAUAGAAACAGAUGGAGUCAUGACGAAGCCACGUUUAACAAGGACUUUACCUGUCGCCGUUGGACAGAGGUAUACAGUUGUCGUGAAUAUAAGAGAUAAGAACCCACUUCGACUUGUUCACGGCUGUGGAAAAAUGAUGGGCUACGUGACGAAGACGCAUUGGAUUUUGAGGAAGGGGCAAAAUCCUGGCGCAGACUUUACAGAUCGCAUUUCUCAUUUGCCAGAAUACAGCGUAGCAGAGCCAUAUGACAAAUUUGAACCUCUGGAGGGCGUUUUGCUUCCAGAGCCAGCGCAGCAGCUAUCAUUGGACUACGUGUUCGGAUCAACACCGCAUGAGGUUUUCGGCACACGAAUGUACGACGUGAACGGGGACGCCAUGUCCGAGUUUAUGCCGGAGGGGGUGCUGAUAAAGGGAGACCGUGGAAUCAGGUCGCCCAUAGAACUUGCAACAGACCAGGUUGUCGAAAUCGCCAUCAACUCGAUCGAUCAUAUGCGCCACCCGUGGCACAUGCACGGACACACUUUUCAAGUAAUCUCAGUGGGCGAGUCUCGAGACGGGCCGCUGUAUUUCAAUGACAACGACAGCACUGCUAUGAAGCGCUAUAAACAGGAUCUCGUGCGACUGAGGGACAAAACACCUAUGACGCGCGACACGAUAAACAUUCCGGGACAUUCCUAUGCGGUGAUUCGUUUCCGGGCUAGUAAUCCCGGCUACUGGCUUCUGCAUUGCCACGUCGAGUGGCACAUGGCCAAGGGCCUGGGCGUGGUUUUUUCGGAGGGCGAUAGCCCGCAGGUCGACACAAUUCAAGAGCCGUUUAUCCGGGGACGAAGCUACCGUGCGCCAGAGCCUGAACAGGACACACCUGAAACUCCUGAAACCAUUGAAACCCCCCAAGCCCUUGGCACUGCACAAAAUGUCUCGCCUUCGACACCCAAGUGGAAAGUGCUCACCAUAUAUCUCAGCAUCAUGGCCGUAAUCAACGCGGUCAUCUGGUUCGUUUGGGUUAAAUAG